AUGCCUGGCGUGGAAGCGAUGGGCGCAUCGGUGGACACACCAGAGCGACCGCUUCUCAGGUCCCACAAGGCGCUCCCGCGGAGGGGCAUCGUGGUCCCUCAGAUCGACCUGGUCCAACCGGCCUCCCCGGAGUCAAAUGGCACAGUCACUGCGACGCCGGCUCCUCCGCUCACUCCGCCCGGCGCAAACCAGGAAGAUAGCAUGGGAGAGGAACAGACGCCACGAAAGAUAACCUCAUCGCGCUCUGAGAACCACUCCACGGGGAUCUUGACGCCGCGUCGGCCCUCCAAACCUCCCACCCCCGACGUGACACCACCGCGUACAACUUCCAUCAAGCGACCGACCCUCAACAAUACCGUGCACCUGUCGUCGUCAUCGCGCGCCGAAUCCUUCCAGACUGCCUGCGAGAGCAUCUCGUCCGAUGGCGACAUGGAAACUCCCGUUCGAUCCACAUCCCAGUCCGCGUCGCAGAAAGCCAAGAACCGAACACCCUCGACCAGCAGAAAGAAUGCGCGGAGUGGUGUCCGCGCAAAACUUACAUAUACCAAAGAAACCCCACCCUCUGCUUCACAGCCGCUCAGCGAGACAGAAUAUGAAACCGGGUUCGAGUCGUUCGAUGGAGAGUGGGCGUCUAUCCAGGAUGGGUCUCCAACGCCACUGGUUGAGAAACUGAAGCCUCCAGAGUCCCGAAAUGCAUCAAACCAGAAACCAAAGCCAGAUCAAGAUACGCUGGACGUACUGCAUCUCGACAAGUCUCUGAUGAGGGAAAAGAAUCUGCGGGAUAGGGUCCAAAACAUGCAUCAAGUGGUCGAGAGCCCGUCGAUGGAACGAUUUCGCGAAGAUAUUGGCUGGCCAUCCUACGAUGGACCUUCCCAUGUAGAAGAAGCAGAGUCACGCCGUUUAUCAGGAGUCUCCUCCACUUCCACCGUCGAGGCGAUGAUCAUCGAUUCUCCAAAGCGAGCCCACCGAUCCUUGCGACACACUGAGAAGAGAACCUCCCUCCGUUCUGCAAGCUCUCCAAUCACCAGAUCCGAGCGUGCAUCCAUGGCCUCCAAUCCAGAUUCGCAACAUCGUCUUGUUCACAAGGUGGCUCGCAUUUCGGAGCAGGACCGUCGGAGCAUUUCAUCCGACAUCUCAUUCUCCACCAAGACGACUGCAAGUGCACCUCACACUCCAGCUGAUAUAAUUCCCGUAGUGGUCAUCCCCGAGAGACGCUCGUCCCUCAAAUCUGGACCAAACAGUCACACUUCGUCGAAACCUGGCUCCCAGCGGUCCAGUCGACGACCCCCACCUGUCUCAUCGGAUGGCUCUGUGAAUGUCCCACGGCAAAGACCGCGGACCAUGUCAGAUUCCGUAUCUGCAAAGUCCCGAGACAUGGACUCGAGAGGACGUCUCGUUGGUCGACCCGUCAUCCCCCCGCGGAGCUCUUCGCUUUCUGCGCCGACAAGUCGCAAUAACUCUCGCGCCACAUCGCUCACCUCGGAAAGUCUGCGGAGUCAUACUCUGGCGAUGGAUUUGGAGAUGCAGAAGCGUCGUGAUCAGCAGCCCGUUUCGCCGCCUCGCCAUAAUAUUCUUGGUCCCAAUGGCUAUGGCAAGAGUUUGUUGGAGCCCCCCAAGUUACCGGGGAUCAUGGUGAGCUCAACGGACGAUAUGGCAACUCUGCGACCGCCGUCAUUACCGUAUACGCAGUGGUCAAUUCCAUCAUCCUCUCCGGGUCCCAUUGAAAUUCGAGAAGCCACCGCUGUCAGUCUCUUCGCGCACAACAAUCGAUCAUUGCUGUUAGUUGAUCAACGGGUACCGCUCGACCAACGCGCGUUCCCAGCGUUGGAGCAAGGAUUGUCGACCCAUGAGACCAAUCCCCAGACCCCAGACAAUCAUGUUCAAUCUGGAGAGAUAUAUGUCGAAUCCCCGUUGAAAAACCCUCGUCCCCCGCCCAAGCCCCCAGUCUCCAAACCUCUGCCGCCACUCCCAGCACAGGAUGUGGCCACGGACUCCACCAAAGGAAAUGUGGGGGGUCUCGUUCGCCGAUGGAGCUCCGCUCGACGCCCGCGGAGUGCACGCCCCCGGUCGGAUUCCUUCAAUGCCAUCACUCGAUCGCUCUCGAUGCGAUCCGCAAAGAACCGCAAAGCAGGGAUCGAAAUGGAUAGCCGCCUGCAUCCUUUCUGGCGCCCACGUGGUUUCUGGGAAGACGUCCCCGGAUCCCCCAAGAAGGAGAGACCUUCAAUCCAGACCCCCGCAGAGCCUGGCUUCGUCAGUAAUUCUUUAGGCCUUCCACAACAGCGGCUCAUCUUCGAGGGUCCGCCCGCCUUGAACCGCCGCAGCCCCGAGAUGAAGCGCUUUUUCAAUGGGCUCUCUUCCUCGGCGCGUUACCAUGCCAGCCAUGGCAGUCUGGUCGACCAUGGUGGUAUUUUGCGCACUGGAUCACCGCUAUAUCAAAAUCGCUACCGCGCCUUGUCCCGUUGGGGCAUGCGCUGGCGAUCAUUGUCGCUCCGUAAUGUGCGCGCCCGAAUUCAAAGAGUCCGUCAGCGUCGUGACGAGCGGAAACGAGCUUCACGCCGUGAAACGCUGAAGCAGAGCAUCGGUGGCCCUGUCUAUGUGGUGUCUAGUGCGACCAAUGGGGUCGUGCACUGA